UAACUAGUAAAAAUGUUAGGUAUUGUAUGUAACUGCGCUCUCUUCCUUCCGGCUCCGCUAUUUCUCUCUCCUCCUUCUUUCAUUUCAUCUUUCUCAAAUUAACAAAAAAAAAAAAAAAACCUCACUCAUUUUCUCUUUCUCUCUCUAGGGUUUCGUCACGAACUCUACCAAAUCCCAGGGUUCAUCCUUUCCCUUUCGUGAUCCAGAGAUUCUCGAUUCACCUCGUUUCUUCGUCAAUUCCAUCAAGGGAAAAAAGAUUUUGAUGAAUUAGUAGUUUUUGUGGAUUUUUAUUGUGGCUGCGUGUGAAUGUUGUUGUUGUUCGAUGCUUGAUGAUAGUUGCAAUGGAUUUGAAUGCAUCUCCGGUACCGGAGGAAGAUGAAGAUAUUUUUGAGGAGGAGGAGCCCGUACAUGUUCAACAGUUUGUUGCACCUGAAGAACGUAUAGAAAGUGGAGCUGAUAUAGCACGCCGGGAGCGCGAGGAAAGAAAGAGACGCUUGAAAAGAGAACGUCCAGAUGAUAAUAGACCUGUGCAUCAUUCACAGUCACCUCGAUAUGAUCAACAACUAUAUCAUGCAAAAAACCCUAAAUCAUAUGAUACAAGCAGGCUUCCUCCGGGGUGGUUAGAUUGCCCUCCAUCAGGCCAGGAGAUUUGCUGUAUGAUACCUUCUAAGGUUCCUCUUGGUGAAUCAUUCAAUGACUGCAUCUUUCCUGGCAAAAGAUACUCAUUUAAACAAGUGAUACAUCAACAGAGAGUUUUAGGAAGAAAACUUGGUCUGGUGAUUGAUUUGACAAAUACCUCUCGAUACUAUCCAGUGACAGAUUUAAAAAAAGAGGGUAUCAAGCAUCUUAAGAUUCAAUGCAGGGGGCGUGAUUCUGUACCUGAAAAUUCAUCUGUGAAUCAGUUCGUCUAUGAGGUUAUACAAUUUUUGUCACGCCAAAAGCAGUCAAAGAAGUAUAUACUUGUUCAUUGUACACAUGGGCAUAAUCGUACGGGAUACAUGAUUAUCCAUUAUCUAAUGCGUGCUAUGUCAAUGUCUGUUACUCAGGCAAUUAAGAUUUUUUCCGAUGCACGCCCUCCAGGAAUCUAUAAACCCGAUUAUAUUGAUGCAUUGUACACAUUUUAUCAUGAAAAAAAGCCUGAGAUGGUAGUUUGUCCUCCUACUCCGGAGUGGAAAAGAUCUUCUGAACUUGAUCUCAACGGUGAAGCAGUUCCUGAUGAGGAUGAUGAUGGAGUCCCAGGCCCUGAUUUGCAGGAGAACCAUGAGACAAGCUCACAGAUGACAAACGAUGAUGUUUUAGGAGAUGAGAUACCUGUGGAUCAGCAAAAUGCAUUUCGACAGUUCUGUUAUCAAACACUUAGAUUGGGUGUUGGGGCCAGAGGACAUACACAAUUUCCAGGUUCACACCCAGUUUCUCUGAACAGGGAUAAUUUGCAGUUACUACGACAACGUUAUUAUUAUGCAACAUGGAAGGCUGAUGGUACAAGGUAUAUGAUGUUAAUAACAAUGGAUGGUUGUUACUUGAUCGACCGAAAUUUUAAUUGUCGAAGGGUCCAAAUGAGGUUUCCUUGCAGGAGUACUAAUGAGGGUUUGGGCGAGAAGACCCACCAUUUCACAUUACUGGAUGGUGAGAUGGUUAUCGAUACCUUGCCAGAUUCAAAUAAGCAGGAGAGAAGAUACCUUAUAUAUGAUCUUAUGGCAAUCAACCAUGUUUCAGUAAUAGAGCGACCCUUCUAUGAAAGAUGGAAGAUGCUUGAGAAAGAAGUGAUUGAACCUAGGAAUCACGAACGACAUCAGAUAUACCAGAGCAGAAAUCCUUACUACAGAUAUGAUCUGGAACCAUUCAGGGUAAGGAGGAAAGAUUUUUGGUUGCUCUCUACUGUCACAAAGCUUUUGAAGGAAUUCAUUAAAAAACUCUCACAUGAGGCAGAUGGUCUUAUAUUUCAGGGUUGGGAUGAUCCUUAUGUACCACGUACUCAUGAAGGACUCUUAAAGUGGAAAUACGCCAAUUUAAAUUCAGUUGACUUUCUGUUUGAGGUUGAAGGUGAUCGGGAGCUACUUUUUGUUUAUGAGCGGGGAAAGAAGAAACUCUUGGAUGGGAAUAAGGUUGCUUUCAAAGAUGGCACAGAACCCUCAUUUUAUUCCGGAAAGAUCAUCGAGUGUUCUUGGGAUUUUGAUAACCUGGAAUGGAUAUUCUUGCGAAUUAGAACAGAUAAAUCAACUCCAAAUGAGUUUAAUACUUACAGAAAGGUGAUGCGAAGCAUAAAAGACAACAUCACAGAGGAAGACUUGUUGAAUGAAAUAAAUGAGAUAAUUCGCCUUCCCAUGUAUGCGGACAGGAUAAAAAGUGAUAGUAAAGCAAAUCAGAUUGCUCAUGCCGCAAAGCAGCGAAGGUGAUUCGUUGUGGUUAGAUAGGGACUUAUAAUGCCUUAAAUUAUUUCACUGGUGGGAGAAUGAGAUGUUUUUAGUGUAGAAGAUCAGGUGAAAACAUAAACAUAUGUAACCAGUGCUGUAUGCUUCUGGUAUUUAUUGGAUUUGGCUAUGUAUUUGGCCAUCAUCCAAAGGUUGCUUAUGUAAUUAGUUGGUCCUUGUAGUAGUGCUGCCGAGUUGCGUCACAAAUUUCAUUCUGAAUCCAUUUCCUGUAGUUGUCUAGAUCAAUAGGGGUUAGGUUUAGGAUAUUAUUGUAUAUUAUCAAUUUUAUUUUGAUUUAGUGAUUAUAAGUUAUUCAAAUGGUAACUGUUGCUUCUUAGAAUCAAGUUCCAUUACAUUGGUUAGUA